CUCUCUCCCCCAAAUCCACAUCCCUAACCCUCGCCGCGCCGCCACACUGAGUCGCCGCCGGCCACGGCGUCGUCGGGAGGCCUCUUGAUUCCUCAAGGCCAGCUUCCACGCACCCCAGCCGAAAUCGUCGCUUCGGCGGCGGUUCCGACUUCCGAGCCCCUGCCCGCAUCGCUGAUUAAGCAGGGUUUGCUUGUUGCGUACCCUUGCUUGUUUGCGAGAUGGCGGAGACGUCCAGGGAGAAGAUACCCAACACGGCGGCAGCCGGCCUGACCGACGACCUCAUCGUCGAUAUCCUGUCGCGGCUGCCCGUCAAGUCGCUGUGCCGCUGCAAGUGCGUCUCCCCGCACUGGCGCGACCUCAUCUCCCACCCCGACCAUCGCCGGUGGCUCCCCCAGACCCUCGCCGGCUUCUUCGAGAACGACUUCGACAACGGCCGUGAGGUGUGGCGGUUCACCAAUUUCGGUGGGGCACGCCAGCCUCCCCUGAUCUGCACCCCCUUCUCCUUCAUGCCCGGGUACGAGGACGUCGCCAUCGUGGACGCCUGCAACGGCCUUCUCCUCUGCCGGCCUCCCAAGGCCUCCCCCCACCACGUGUCAAGAUACGUCGUGUGCAAUCCGGCUACCAAGAGCUGGGUUGUCUUGCCCGACUCCGGCAGCCACGGUGACGAUGUUGAAGAUGAUGAGCCACUUGUUGCCCGUUUGGGUUUCGAUCCCACUGUUUCCGCACACUUCCAUGUAUUUGAGUUCGUUGAAAAUGAUUACGGCACUGUGGCAGGGGUGGAGAUCUAUUCGUCCGAAACUGGAGCAUGGAGUUACGAGGAGAGUCAGUGGAACUAUGAGACUCACUUGUUUGAGUUUUCGCCAAGUGUCUUUAUCAAUGGCCUUUUGCAUUUCACCACCAUUCAGUUUGAGGUAGUUGCUGUAGAUGUCGAGGGGGAGUCAUGGUGGGUGCUUCCUGCACCAGAAGAUGCUGAUGAUGUUGAUGAUCCCUGUAAUUGGAAUCCUGGUUUUCUUGCUCGGUACCAAGGGCUUUUAUGUUACAUGACUCGGUGGUAUAAUGGAAGGGAUUUAUCAAUCUGGGUACUUGAGGAUUAUGCUGUGGAUGGAUGGGUACUGAAGCGUCAGGUGACCGUUCGACAACUGACAGAAAAGAUAAGUCCUCCAAAUGGCUGCUACUACCGUUUGAUCACUAUUCAUCCAGAUUGCAAUUGGAUUACUUAUGUUUCUGGUUUGGAGAGCAUGCUCAUGGCAUAUGACAUGGAUCGCAAUGAAGUGCAUGUUAUCCAGAAUCUUGGGUCACGCGGUGUGGUGUCAUGUAUUCCAUAUGUUCCUUCCUAUGCAAAAUCAUUGACAGAUGGGCAUUGAUCAUGUCACUUUGCACUGCAUCUGGUCCAUCUGUUACCUUAAAAUGAUAUUUGAACUUCACAAGAGCUGGGUCUUCAAUUACAAAACAGCAAUCUCCAUGAUCUUUCUUGAGCUGGGUGUUUUAUUUUGUAUUUGUGCUUGUUUCUUUUCCCAUACUAGUUUCUUUUUGUAAUUGGCUAAUGUGGCUAUCUUGUAAACUAGCUCUGCAUAGGCUAUUUAUUUUAGGCAAUUGCAGUAAUGCUACUUAUUUUGUCAAAUUGUAUUUCUGUUGACAAUUGUGCACUCCAUGUGUGGAGAACAUAGAACAUCUUGUUCACUUACUAGAGAUGCUAUUAAUAUUUUUGUCUGCACCAUAUAAUAUAUCAAGUACUUUGAUUUAGAUGUCUCA